AUGGCCGACUUCACCCCGCCCCAUUCUCCCGCUUUCCAUCACCCCCCCCCAUUCUCCCGCUUUCCAUCACCCCGCCCCAUUCUCCUGCUUUCCAUCACCCCGCCCCAUUCUCCCGCUUUCAAUCACCCCGCCCCAUUCUCUCGCUUUCCAUCACCCCGCCCCAUUCUCCCGCUUUCCAUCACCCGCCCCAUUCUCCCGCUUUCCAUCACCCCGCCCCAUUCUCCGCCUUUCCAUCACCCCGCCCGAUUCUCCCUCUUUCCAGCACCCCGCCCCAUUCUCCCCCUUUCCAUCACCCGCCCCAUUCUCCCGCUUUCCAUCACCCCGCCCCAUUCUCCCGCUUUCCAGCACCCCGCCCCAUUCUCCCGCUUUCCAUCACCCCGCCCCAUUCUCCCGCUUUCCAUCACCCCGCCCCAUUCUCCCGCUUUCCAUCACCCCGCCCCAUUCUCCCUCUUUCCAUCACCCCGCCCCAUUCUCCAGCUUUCCAUCACCCGCCCCAUUCUCCCUCUUUCCAUCACCCCGCCCCAUUCUCCAGCUUUCCAUCACCCCGCCCCAUUCUCCCGCUUUCCAUCACCCCGCCCCAUUCUCCCGCUUUCCAUCACCCCGCCCCAUUCUCCCUCUUUCCAUCACCCCGCCCCAUUCUCCCUCUUUCCAUCACCCCGCCCCAUUCUCCCGCUUUCCAUCACCCCGCCCCAUUCUCCCUCUUUCCAUCACCCCGCCCCAUUCUCCCGCUUUCCAUCACCCUUUCUCAUUCUCCCUCUUUCCAUCACCCCGCCCCAUUCUCCCUCUUUCCAACACCCCGCCCAAUUCUCCCGCUUUCCAUCACCCCGCCCCAUUCUCCCGCUUUCCAUCACCCCGCCCCAUUCUCCUGCUUUCCAUCACCCCGCCCCAUUCUCCCGCUUUCAAUCACCCUGCCCCAUUCUCCCUCUUUCCAUCACCCGCCCCAAUCUCCCGCUUUCCAUCACCCGCCCCAUUCUCCCGCUUUCCAUCACCCCGCCCCAUUCUCCCGCUUUCCAUCACCCCGCCCCAUUCUCCCUCUUUCCAUCACCCCGCCCGAUUCUCCCUCUUUCCAUCACCCCGCCCCAUUCUCCCCUUUCCAUCACCCUUCCCCAUUCUCCCGCUUUCCAGCACCCCGCCCCAUUCUCCCGCUUUCCAUCACCCGCCCCAUUCUCCCGCUUUCCAUCACCCCGCCCCAUUCUCCCGCUUUCCAUCACCCCGCCCCAUUCUCCCGCUUUCCAUCACCCCGCCCCAUUCUCCCGCUUUCCAUCACCCCGCCCCAUUCUCCCUCUUUCCAUCACCCCGCCCCAUUCUCCCGCUUUCCAUCACCCCGCCCCAUUUUCCCUAUUUCCAUCACCCCGCCCCAUUCUCCCUCUUUCCAUCACCCCGCCCCAUUCUCCCUCUUUCCGUAACCCCGCCCCAUUCUCCCGCUUUCCAUCACCCCGCCCCAUUCUCCCGUUUCCAUCACCCCUCCCCAUUCUCCCGCUUUCCAGCACCCCGCCCCAUUCUCCCGCUUUCCAUCACCCCGCCCCAUUCUCCCGCUUUCCAUCACCCCGCCCCAUUCUCCCGCUUUCCAUCACCCCGCCCCAUUCUCCCGCUUUCCAUCACCCGCCCCAUUCUCCCCCUUUCCAUCACCCCGCCCCAUUCUCCCGCUUUCCAUCACCCCGCCCCAUUCUCCCUCUUUCCAUCACCCCGCCCCAUUCUCCCGCUUUCCAUCACCCCGCCCCAUUUUCCCUAUUUCCAUCACCCCGCCCCAUUCUCCCUCUUUCCAUCACCCCGCCCCAUUCUCCCUCUUUCCGUAACCCCGCCCCAUUCUCCCGCUUUCCAUCACCCCGCCCCAUUCUCCCGUUUCCAUCACCCCUCCCCAUUCUCCCGCUUUCCAGCACCCCGCCCCAUUCUCCCGCUUUCCAUCACCCCGCCCCAUUCUCCCGCUUUCCAUCACCCCGCCCCAUUCUCCCGCUUUCCAUCACCCCGCCCCAUUCUCCCGCUUUCCAUCACCCCGCCCCAUUCUCCCGCUUUCCAUCAUCCCGCCCCAUUCUCCCUCUUUCCAUCACCCCGCCCCAUUCUCCCGCUUUCCAUCACCCGCCCCAUUCUCCCGCUUUCCAUCACCCCGUCCCAUUCUCCCGCUUUCCAUCACCCCGCCCCAUUCUCCCGCUUUCCAUCACCCCGCCCCAUUCUCCCUCUUUCCAUCACCCCGCCCGAUUCUCCCUCUUUCCAUCACCCCGCCCCAUUCUCCCGCUUAGGGUUUAG